GAUUUUAAAAUAUAACACCGAAAGAUUACUUGCAAAGAAAGCCGACACAUUGGUUCGUCGUUUGUGUUGUUUGUUAACUUUUUCUCUGUUCCUUUCUUCAUUGACUCAUCACCUUCUCAGUCCCCACCAUUUUUCAUAAGCACACAGUCUCCGUGAUCAACGAACCUAACCAACUUCAUUUCAUUUCACACCUUCAUUUAUUCAAACAAUUCUAUUUAUUUUCUUCAUUUCACUUCUAAUAACUCACUACAUUACAAAUUCACAGUUACAUGCAAUGCAUUCCGUUUAACUAACACUCUCAGGGAGAACAAAUGGGUCUCUGCAAUUCAAAACCCUCUUCAAACCCCACUCACUCCUCUCGCAAAUUCAACACCAUCGAACCAAACACCGUCACAGUUAGCGUCACUUCCGAACCUGAAACAAACUCCGUCAAUGGCGGAAACCCUAACGAAACCGAAAAUGGUAAAAGAUCUCCGUUUUUUCCUUUCUACAGUCCGAGUCCGGCUCAUCAGUUCUUCUCUAAGAUGUCUCCGGCGGGGAAAUUUUUCAAGCGGCCGCCGUCUCCGGCGAAGCAUAUAAAGUCGCUUCUUGCCCGGCGGCAUGGCUUGGUGAAGCCUAAUGACGCGCCGAUACCGGAAGGGGGUGAGGAGGAGAUGGUUGCGCUUGAUAAGAAUUUUGGAUUCUCCAGGCAUUUUGGAAGUAGAUAUGAUGUUGGAGAUGAGGUUGGGAGAGGACAUUUUGGUUAUACUUGUGCUGCUAAGUUGAAGAAAGGAGAUCUUAAAGGUCAACAAGUUGCUGUUAAAGUCAUUCCUAAAGCCAAGAUGACGUCUGCUAUUGCUAUUGAGGAUGUGAGAAGGGAAGUGAAAAUACUGAAAGCUUUGAACGGGCAUAAGAAUCUAGUACGAUUCUAUGAUGCUUAUGAAGAUCAUGAUAAUGUCUAUAUAGUAAUGGAAUUGUGUGAAGGUGGAGAGCUGUUGGACAGAAUAUUAUCAAGAGGUGGCAAAUACCCAGAGGAAGAUGCAAAAGCUAUCCUUAGACAAAUACUGAAUGCUGCUGCAUUUUGCCAUCUACAGGGUGUUGUGCAUCGUGAUCUUAAACCGGAGAACUUCUUGUUUGCAUCCAAGGACGAAAACUCAGAACUGAAGGCGAUAGACUUUGGGCUGUCGGAUUUUGUUAAACUAGGUAUACUUGCAUUUCUUUUACGUAUAUCGCACUCCAUUUAUUCUUGGACAUGCUUUGUUUUUGACUUCUCAUUAUGCUUUACAGACGAAAGGCUGAAUGAUAUUGUGGGUAGUGCAUACUAUGUGGCUCCUGAAGUUCUUCAUAGAGCUUAUAGUACUGAGGCUGAUGUCUGGAGUAUUGGAGUGAUUGCAUAUAUUUUAUUAUGCGGAAGCCGUCCAUUUUGGGCUCGGACCGAGUCUGGUAUCUUUCGUACUGUAUUGAAAGCUGAUCCAAGUUUUGACGAACCUCCCUGGCCUUCUCUAUCAAAUGAGGCAAGGGAUUUUGUUAAGAGAUUACUCAAUAAAGAUCCACGGAAAAGAAUGAGUGCAGCACAGGCAUUAAGUCAUCCAUGGAUAAAAAACUAUGAGGAUACGGAAGUACCUUUGGAUAUUUUAAUAUUCAAGCUCAUGAAGGCAUACAUGCGUUCUUCUUCUCUACGAAAAGCUGCUUUAAGGGCCCUGUCUAAGACAUUAACUGCUGAUGAGCUGAUUUAUUUGAAGGAGCAGUUUGCACUUUUAGAGCCUAACAAAAAUAGCACCAUUAGCUUGGAAAAUAUAAAAACGGCCUUUAUGGUAAAUGCAACAGAUGCUAUGAAGGAGUCUCGUAUUGCCGACUUUCUGGCAUCACUUAAUGCAUUGCAAUAUAGAAGGAUGGAUUUUGAUGAGUUCUGCGCAGCUGCGCUUAGUGUUCAUCAACAUGAAGCACUUGACCACUGGGAGAAGCGUGCACGUUAUGCCUUUGACUUAUUUGAAAAGGAUGGAAACAAGGCCAUAGUCAUUGACGAAUUAGCUUCGGAACUCGGGCUUGGUCCAUCUAUCCCGGUACAUGCUGUUCUUCAUGAUUGGAUUCGUCACACUGAUGGGAAAUUAAGCUUCCUUGGAUUUGUGAAAUUGUUGCAUGGCCCAUCAAGAAGUCUUGCAAAAGCUCAAUAGAGACUUUGGAAGCUCAAUACAUUACACGGCACAAAUUUUUCUCUUUACCAUUUGAGUGAGUUGAUUAAACCUUGCAAUAGGAGUUUGUAUUUCCCACGGUAAAGUUGUAGCGAGAAAGUCACAAUGAGAAUAUGUUUGAUUGUUAUUAGAAAAAGGUACACUUAUAUUGUAACAUAUUAUGUGAUUCAGAUUGAGAAAUGGCAUUUUUCGUCCACGUGUAAAUUAAUUGACUUGCAUCCUAGCUGAAUGAAAGAGGUUUUUUUUGGGAGCUA